AUGUGGCAUUAUGAGUUUGUAUAUCACUUGCUAGAGGGGUUAGGGUUACUGUAUUUAACAUGUCUACUCGCUUACAAUGUAUUGACCUCAAGGAGAGAGGUCACCGCAUCAUCCACGCCACCGACGUCAUACAUAUGCUACCAGCAUUCAGCACCUUUAGCUCUGUUUAAUUGCAUUUAUAUCAUUGCAAUCCUUUCCGAAUACCCGAUCAGCCAUAUAAUGGCGACCGACGUGAGAAUCGCCCAGGCAAUAGGGACGCUUGGCUGUGCAGCGGCAGCAAGCGGAAUUGCUACGUUGUCAAUAAUGAGCAUUCCGAAUCUCUUACUUCCAGCUCGUCGGCCACUUAGCGCGACACUGCCAUUCCAUGAUACCCCAGGAACCUCGACCGCCCACUUGACACACCAGUGGUAUGAUCUGUAUAACCGUGGCAGCAGGAUUUUCCCCGGUAUAUCCGCAGUAUCUUCACUAGCAAACCUUUAUGCGCUCUGGGCAUUGCGGGACUCCCCUACCCCUGCACCAGAUAUCUUUGGGUCCAGCUGGUCCACAUGCUAUCUGCUUGCUGUCGGAGUUACGCUGAGCAUCGCACCUUUUACGGGUACGUUUAUGAAGAAGACCAAUGCCAAACUGAUGGGUCAUGCAAAGCGCGAUGACGCGGCUAUCGCCGAGGGUACCGAGGAUAUGGUGCUCAGUCCGCAGGAGAAGGCGAAGCGGGCUAGGGAGGAUAGCGAGGUGAUUGAACUUUUGCAGCAUUGGUCGCAGUUAAAUUUGAUUAGGGCUACGUUUCCACUUGUUGGGGCUGGCAUUGGGUUCUAUGCUGCUGUCUCCAGCUGGAUAAUUCCUUAA